CGCUAUUUUACAUGCUUAAACGUAUUAAAUUAUAAUUUACACGUCUUAACGUGUUAAAUGACGUGACUUAAAACAGUAAGGAACGUGUAAAAGGAGUUUCAACCAAAUUAUACGUUUAUGUGCUUAAAGAUAACGCAUUUAGAUUUGCAAUGUAAAUUUAAAUCAAUAUAUCAAAGCAUCAGUCCUCUUUUUUGUCGGAGUGACGUACGGGCUGCACCUGACGAGUUUACAAAAAGAGCUAAUUGUCUUGUUAUUGUUUACGUAAAGAAACAGAAACUAUAGCCAACGGUCGUAUAGUGGGGAAAGUGAUAAAGUUUAUUCGAUAAGAGGAAUAUGUUUAUAAACACGGGGCUCGUUGGCAAAUGGACGUAUUGCGUGGUCGCAUACACUCUUCAUUUUCUAACGAAUGUACUUCCACAAUGCUAUCUCAAUAUUCUAACAAUAUUAAAAGACGGUGCAAAAACUUGACUAUACUGCAAAUGGCUGAAUUACUUUUUACAUAUUUCAAGUUGCGUUAUUUAACACACUUAAGCGCGUUGAAUUAUAACUUACACGUUUCAGACGUGUUAAAUUACGUAACUUAAAGCUCUAAGAGAGAAAUCAGUGGAAAGAGCUUCAGUCAAAUUGCAUAUUUAUGCAUUUAAAAAUAAUAUACUUAGACUUGCAGCGUGACUGAGACAAUAAUCAUACCUUUUCUUUUUGUAUUAUUUAUCUUCUGCAACAUAGUUAACUGCUUAUCUGAUUUUUCUCUUUUUCGAUCGACUUAUAUCGGUAGAAUAUUAAGACAGGAUUGUAGGCACAUAGAAAUAUUGAUUGAACACUAUUAUGUCCCGCGUGGUCUCCGCAUAAUUUUAUAUUUAUAUUUUUCUUACGAAAGAGGAAGAUAUGAAUUGGACAAACACAAAUAAAAUUACAAAGGAUACUGACGACGCUCAGGAACUUCGGGACUUUCGACCUAAGAGUCGUCAAUGCAACCGUUAAAUAAAUAACUAUAUUUUUUUCGGUUUACCUCUACUUUUGAAACACGUCAGAAGAUUAGUCACAAAAAGUGCUUACUAAGUGCAGCCUCUGGAAUCGCAAUGCAACGAAAGAGAAUUUUUUGGGAAUCCAUGCACAGGACCCGAGACGCACAAAACAAAGGAAACUACGAUCCUACCUAGUAUCAGAUGACGCCAAACGCUUUUGACUUUUCUUUCCUUUUUUCCAACAACUCAUAUAACGUUACUUUAAUUUUUAACCUACGUUAUCUUCGACCCUUCGCAGUAAAAGACUCUCCCACUAGCUUAUCUCCUACUAUCUAUUUACUAAAUAGCACAACGUGCAGGACAUAUGUCUGUUUUUCCACUUACUGUUUUAACCGAGAAGAAUUCUUCUCGAUAGUUCUUUCUGUCUUCUUCUCGUCAUACGUCACUUGCUACAUCCGCCCCACUUUCACUGCUUUCAACGAAUCCAAUAACUUAUCCGCAAAAUCGAGCCUAUACUGCGAGCUUAACCGUUUCUUCCUGAUUCUCUCGGUACUCACUCUCUUUGUUCAGUUCAUUCGACCUAGACACAAGAACUUCUUUCCGUAUGGUUAACUUUUUUUCGAUUGUCCGUUCACUCAAUAUCAGCUAGAAUUUAGUGGUGACAUUUAUUAGUGGUGAUAUUUACACUUCAAACGUUUACUCACAUUCAUCUUGGCAGUGUAACAUCUUGUGCACGAUCUACCAUAUUUUUUAACUGAGAAUGCGCGAUGACGCAGCGAGUUUACCAGUGGUCCACGAGCCCUCACGAGGUGUCUCAGGAUACUCCAAUGGUGACAUUCAAAUCAAACUGCCACCGUCAGACAAAGAUCCUAUCGAAGCACACACAAGAAAAGGAGAAGGAUAAACAUGAGGCCGAGUGCAUGCUGCAGGAAAAUGGCAAAACGAUGGACUUCGUGCCACCGCAAACGAAGGAGGAGGACAACAAACCGGCCUCGCAGCAGCCAUCGACGCCACCAGUGCCUUAUUACAAGCUCUUUCGAUUCGCGACAUGGGGCGAGCUGAUGUUGGUUGUCGCCGGCCUCUUCUUGGGCUGCUUAAUAGGUCUGUGCUUACCAAUUGCCACGAUUGAGUAUGGCGAAUUCAGCACGCUGUUAGUGGAUCGUAACAUGAACAAUCACACGAGCACAUCGACUCUCAUAUUGGAGUGGUUUGGAGGCGGACGAGUUUUACUAGCUAAUGCAUCGAAAGAGGAAAGGAUGGACGCUCUCUACGAAGACGCGGUGGCAUUCGGCAUCGCUUGCACGACGAUAUCAGUAAUCCAGUUUAUUCUCGCGAUAUUCGCGAUCGACUUGCUCAAUCUCGCUGCCUCGAGACAAAUCGCUCGAGUGCGCAAGAUGUUCCUUCGAGCCGUGCUCAGGCAGGACAUGACGUGGUACGACACGAACACGUCGACAAACUUCGCCAGCAGGAUCACCGAGGAUCUGGACAAGAUGAAGGACGGUAUGGGCGAAAAGCUGUGUAUCUUCAUUUACUUGGUGAGCUCCUUCUCGACCUCGAUCAUCAUCUCGUUCGUUUACGGCUGGAAGUUAACCCUGGUGGUGCUGAGCUGCGCACCGAUCAUCGUAAUCGCCACGGCCGUCGUCGCUAAGGUGCAGAGUUCCUUGUCGGCUUUGGAACUCGCCGCUUACGGACAGGCCGGCAGCGUCGCCGAGGAAGUCCUAGGCGCCAUUCGAACCGUGGUGGCGUUUAACGGCGAGCAGAAAGAAGUGGAGAGAUACGCUGAGAAGCUUGUGCCCGCGGAGAGGACCGGGAUCAGAAGGGGGAUGUGGUCGGGAGUCGGCGGCGGGGUGAUGUGGCUCAUCAUAUACCUCAGCUAUGCUUUGGCCUUUUGGUACGGCCUGCAAUUAAUUCUGAACGACCGAGAGAAGGAGGACAAGGAGUACACGCCUGCGGUAUUGGUGAUCGUGUUCUUUGGCGUCUUGUCCGGCGCGCAAAACAUGGGCCUGACCUCACCGCAUUUGGAAGCGUUCGCGGUGGCGCGCGGCUCGGCCGCCGCGAUUUUCCAGGUGCUCGACCGCGUGCCGACGAUCGACAGCCUCAGCGGCGAGGGCAAGAAGCUGCAGUCCGUCCACGGCGAAAUCGAGUUCAAGAACGUCGAGUUCCGUUAUCCGGCGCGGAAGGACGUGGAGGUGUUGCGCGAGCUGAAUCUGAGGAUCAAUCGCGGCGAAACGGUGGCGCUUGUCGGCGGAUCCGGCUGCGGCAAAUCCACCUGUCUGCAGCUCAUCCAACGGCUGUACGACCCCCUCGGAGGGCAGGUCCUUCUGGACGGAAUCGACGUGUCGGAGCUGAAUGUUCAGUGGCUGCGCUCACAUAUCGGCGUGGUAGGUCAGGAGCCUGUACUCUUUGACACGACGAUACGGGAGAACAUCCGCUACGGAAAUGACAGCGUUACCGAGGAGGAGAUGAUCAAAGCUGCGAAGGAAGCGAACGCUCACGACUUCAUCAGCAAACUGCCGGAGGGGUACGAUAGCCCAGUGGGCGAAAGAGGCUCUCAAUUGUCGGGUGGACAAAAGCAGAGGAUCGCGAUCGCGCGUGCUCUGGUCAGGAGACCGGCGAUCCUUCUGCUGGACGAGGCGACUUCUGCUCUGGACCUCCACAGCGAGGCGACCGUGCAGAGAGCCCUCGACGCCGCGUCGAAGGGUAGAACGACGAUUAUAGUCACUCACAGACUCUCCACGAUCACGAACGCCGACAGAAUCGUAUUUAUCAAGGACGGAAUGGUCGUCGAGGAGGGAACUCACGAGGAAUUACUGGCGCUCGGGAAACACUAUUACGGCCUAGUCGCCGCCGACGCCAGUGCCGCCGCUAAAGCCAAGGCCAAAGCAGUGACGACUGUCAACAAGAUGACCACCCCGAAGAUGAAGGUGAAACCGCCUUUCAACAAACAAUUCUCCACACUCUCCGUUCACUCCCAUCGACUCUCUCUCUCUGAAAGAUCCGAAAUGUCGGAGGAUGAAUUGGAGGAACACGAGAAACCUUACAAUGCGCCCAUCAUGAGAAUAUUCGGACUGAGCAAGCCGGAAUGGCCAUAUAAUCUGAUCGGAUGCAUCGCAGCGGCGACGGUAGGCGCGUCCUUUCCGGCGUUUGCCGUGUUGUUCGGCGAGGUGUACAAGGUGCUGGGUCUUCAGGAUGAAGAGGAGGUUCGCCAAGAAUCCAUCAACUUUUCCAUAAUGUUCAUUAUCGUCGGCGUGUUCACCGGGCUCGGCACUUUCCUGCAGAUGUACAUGUUCGGCUUGGCCGGCGUGCGUAUGACUACGCGAAUCAGGAAGCUGGCUUUCGGCGCGAUGCUGAAGCAAGAAAUGGGCUGGUACGACGAGGACGCCAACAGCGUGGGCGCUUUGUGCGCGCGGCUGUCGUCGGACGCCGGAGCGGUUCAAGGCGCGACCGGAACUCGCGUGGGCGCGAUCCUGCAGGCCAUCUCGACUCUCGUCCUCGGUAUCGGAUUGUCCUUUUACUUCACGUGGAAGAUGACGUUAGUCUCAGUGGUGUCGAUUCCACUGGUGCUCGGCGCGGUGUUCCUCGAGGCGAGGAUCAUGAGCGGCCAAGGUAUGAAGGAGAAGAAGAAGAUGGAGGCGGCGACCCGAAUCGCCGUCGAAGCGAUCUCCAACAUACGAACGGUCGCCAGCCUCGGCAAGGAGAACGUGUUCUUCAACAGAUACUGCGUGGAGUUGGACCACGUUGCUAAAGCGAUCAGAGUGAAGAACAGACUGAGAGGAUUGGUAUUUUCAUGUGGACAAACCGCGCCUUUCUUGGGGUAUGCCGUGAGCCUCUAUUAUGGCGGAUACUUAGUGGCUAGAGAGGGACUGGACUAUCAGAACGUCAUCAAGGUGUCGGAGGCGUUGAUCUUCGGUUCGUGGAUGCUCGGCCAGGCGCUCGCAUUCGCGCCUAACUUCAACACGGCCAAGAUCUCAGCCGGCAGGAUUUUCAGACUGCUCGACCGAGUGCCGCAGAUUAUUUCGCCGCCAGAAUCAGAAAGGAAGAACUUGGAUUGGAAAGCGGAUGGAAUGAUUCAAUUCUCAAAGGUGGAGUUCCAGUACCCGACGCGGCCGGAAGUGCAAGUGCUCAAAGGGCUGAAUCUAAUUGUGAAGCCGGGUCAGAUGGUGGCCUUGGUAGGUCAGAGUGGUUGCGGCAAGUCCACCUGUAUUCAGCUGCUGCAACGACUAUACGAUCCGCUGUCCGGCGACGUGACACUAGACCGACGUGACAUCUCGUCCGUCUCGCUGGCCACGCUCAGAUCGCAGCUCGGGGUCGUCGGUCAGGAGCCGGUGCUCUUUGACAGAACGAUAGCCGAGAACAUCGCAUACGGCGACAAUUAUCGACAAGUGUCUAUAGACGAAAUCAUCGAGGCUGCCAAGAAGUCUAACAUUCACAACUUCGUGUCCUCGUUGCCGCUGGGUUACGACACGAGACUAGGAACAAAGGGCACUCAGCUCUCCGGGGGGCAGAAACAACGAAUAGCGAUCGCCCGCGCUCUCGUUAGGAAUCCUCGAGUUCUGCUGUUAGACGAAGCCACUUCAGCUCUGGAUACUCAAAGCGAAAAGGUCGUACAGCAAGCCCUUGACAAAGCCAUGGAAGGCAGAACGUGCAUCACCAUAGCCCACCGUUUGGCUACUAUAAGGAACGCGGACGUGAUCUGCGUGGUUGAUAAAGGCGCAGUGGCCGAGAUGGGAACUCACGACGACCUGAUGGCGGCCGGAGGUCUGUACGCUCAACUACACGCUCUACAGGAAGCCGCGAUCGAGUAAGAGAAGCGCGUCUUAGUAACGGAGCCUCCGGCGUCAGAUUCCGUGUUGGCCUUGUUCGUCGUCGUUGUGGGCCGCGUUCUCAGUGGCAAACUCGGAGACGGUUCUCGGCGACGCGUGAGAAAGGAGACGGGAUGAGAAGCGAAGAGGAGCCACGGUAAGACCAUGGAGCGAUUUCAAGUGGCAGAUCGCCGGAAGGCUGCCGACCACGUAACACCGAGGGACGUAAAGCUGGACGGGAUUGAGGACGGAUGUUCAAAGGACGGACGCGAGUCAGCGCGGCGAUCCUCGUGGAGGUUCAUGUAGACGGGACACGUUCACGGCGCGAUCCGCUGCGUCGACGCGCCGAUCUUCUCGUCUGUAUUCCUGCGACGUGCAGGUAACGCGACGACUACGGCGGUAGUUCGCGCGCGCGCGCGCGUGUUUCAAGUUAUACACGAUGUAAAGAUUCCCCCUUCGCGGAAUCCCGUCGACUUGACGGGAUCAAUCGCGUUGGAAUAGAUCGAGCGGACAGUC